AUCACCGAUAGUGCCAUCCCGAGGAUUCCGAGCACUUGCUAUCCUCAGAGCAACGCUGCUGGAACCGAAAGUGCCGAGUGGUGUAGGGUAGUGUAUACUUUGCAGGUACGGCAGCACACGGUGCCGCUUGCACCGUGUCUCCCACGCAGGGCCUUGCAGCGUGUGAAAGUGCAUGCAUGUGCCUUCUCCCACCCACCGGCCAACCACCACCGCCAGAGCCUUUCUCCAACAAUCUCGUCCCGUUGUUUCGAAACGGGACACCCAGCUCGCAUUGCAUCAGACUCGCGCGGUGCUUCCAUCCUACCCCUCACCCCAUAUUGCCUGGCCUUGCUACCUACCCCGCAGCAGCAGCAGCAGCAGCGCCAACUAUCGAUCGACAGGCCACCCAGUUGCAACACAUAUCAUUGUACCAGGGCAUCCACAACAAAAGCCGGAGCGGCAGCAACGGCAGUCGUUUUCGUCCCUUCUUGGCACCCGCCACCGCCAACCACGACGGCACCGAGCUGGCCCGGUUCUUGGUCCGUCCGCCGCCGUGAUCAGCCCCGGCCCAGCCCCACAAUCUCGGACCGCAUUGCAUUGGACCAUGCCUUCAUCUCCUCCACCAUCGUCCCCUGUCUCCCCUUCUUCACUCAGUCACCGUCCUGGCCGUCGCGGUGCCAACGCCCCAAACCACGACGGUGUCGACAUCCCACCACCGCCCCUCCCCCAGGCCCUCUGGUCCCUUCAAAUACCCCUUUACAUAACUCACACCUCCCAACCCUCGACCAAUCCUUUUGUGGUCUCGGUCCCCCGCUUCAGCUACCUUGCCCUUCUGCUCCCCCGGUUAUCCGCCUACUUCAGCCCGCUCCCCUGCUCGUCCUUUCACUACGAGGACGUCCAGCUCCGCAACCUUGCUGUUGGGCUCCUCGUCGAUUUAUACCUCCCCCCCGAUUCUGCGGGGUCGCUACCAUGGAGGCUGACGGUCGGUGACGGACCCGAAUGGGACAUAGCCGACACCUUCACCAACUCGGCAAAGGAGGCGGAUUUUGUCCGCAACGGAAACGCCAAGCAGAUUAUGGGGUUGAGCAAGGACGACAGCACCGCCUUGUGGAACAGUGUGCAGGAUAAUGACUAUGCUUCGUUUAGCAGAAUCAACAGCCGUUUGCUGAACACGCCCACGCCGUUGAAGAACGUGCCGGUACGGAUUUAUAUUCCGUCGUCCCCCUUGCAGACUUCUGGGGGCGAUCAUGGGUCCUUCAAGGUGGUUCAAACACUGAUACCACCUCGAAAUGCCAAUCGGAAACCACAAACAUUGGGAGAAGUCCUGAAGGAAAACCUCCCGUCACUCUUCCCGUCUAGUCGAGACCCAGUGUUGGCGAAUGUCAUCAUGCACGGAGGCUCGGUGCCGUUCAGGGCUCCGUUGGAAGAGUUGAUGAGAGAGGCGGCGUAUCCGGACGGGUGGGUGUGCUUGAUUGUUGUUUUGUUAUAGACCAGAGAGCGCUUGGGACGUAAUCAUACUUAUCACAGACUCCUGAGUUUCAUAGCGAACCACUUCGCACGAUAAUAGUUCGAACACAUUUGCUAA